AGGAGCGCGACCGGAAUGACGUCAUCGCGGCUCCUCCGCGCGGAAGCGGAAGCGGAAGCGGAAGUUCCUCCCAUGCUGAGCGCGCGCGGGCGGGGCGCGCUGGCCGGCUGGGCCCGCGCCGCUGAGGGGCCCCUGGGGGGCGCGGGGCCGGGAUGGGCCGCGGGGCUGCGGAGCCUUCGCCGCCCGCUGCCGCUCCCCGGGCCCGGGCGCCGCGCGGCGCAGAGCGACCCGCAGGGCUGGCGGGAGACCCUCCAGGCCACCGCAACUGUCCUGCGGGAGGGCGGCCUCGUGGCGCUCCCCACCGACACCGUCUACGGAGUAGCGUGUCUGGCCCAGAGCUCCCCGGCCAUCCAGAAGAUCUAUAACCUGAAAGGGCGACUUGGAGGCAAACCCCUGGCCAUCUGCCUGGGCGAGGUGGAGCAUAUUUACAGGUACUGUCAUGUCAAUGUGCCAGAAGAGCUGCUACGGGACCUGCUCCCAGGACCUGUGACCCUGGUAUUGCAGCGCUCAGAAGAACUCAAUAAAGACCUGAACCCUUUCACAUCGUUGGUUGGCAUUCGUAUUCCAAAUCACCCUUUCAUUAGGGAGGUGGCACAGGCUUGUUCAGGACCACUGGCUUUAACGAGCGCUAACAUCAGUACUCAGGCGAGCACACUGACCGUCUCGGAAUUCCAAGACCUUUGGCCUCAGUUAUCCCUGGUCAUUGAUGGAGGUGUAAUUGGAGAUAUCCAGAGUCCAGAGUGUCGUCUGGGGUCAACUGUGGUCGACUUGUCUGUAUCUGGGAAAUACACCAUUAUUCGGCCUGGCUGUGCACUGACACCGACAGUUGAAAUCCUGGGGAAGAAAUACGGCUUGACAUCAGAACCACCUUCUUUGUGAGAUACCAAACUCUGGAAGCUGUGCAGAGUCAGUAAAACUGGGCACCAUGUGCCUGUCUCUUCAGGAAGCCAGUGUCAAAGGUCUUAAUAAGGUCUUUAAUAAGGUCAAUGGUUGUAUCAGUCCUCAUGUCUCUCCUUGGGUCUUUUCAUCAUUUGUGUGUAAUGGCUAUUGGUCUGCUGUGCAUGUUUGUAAGAAACAAACCAAGUACUUCUGACCUCCUUGUGCAAGUGUAAUAUCCCUGAUUACCGUACAAGGGAUCUUUUGCCUUGUGCAAUGGGGUUUACUAGGAUUUGAAAUAAACGUCUAUUUGCGAUAUUUUGGGAAACUGCUGUUCUUGCAUGGGACAGAGGAUCGUGUUUUACUGAAAUACCUGUGUACAGCACUUGGGUUUGAUUCAGAUUUAGAGGCAACCAAUUGCUGUUUUGACUUAAACACACACCACAGUUUUUAAAUGUUUCUUCUGUUUUACUUAGAAAUAUCAGGAAUACAGUGUCUCCUCUUGCUUGGUUUUGCAGGAGUGAGCUUUGACCCCUUUAGUAGAGAGAAUCCUUCUUCCACCUGUCUGCUGAGUGUUUGGCUUAAAUUGUAGAGCACCUGAAAGGGAAAUGGCUUUUUAUUUUGGCUUAAUCUGUUUCUCAUGAUGCCAUAAUCUUACUGUUCUCCAGCAAAAAGUAGCAAGUCUAGACCUGAUAUUUCUAACGGCGCCAAGCAGGAGAAACUUUUCAGCUGCUCUUUAGUUGUCAAAAAAGUAUCCCUUUUGCAAGUCAUCUAAGGUUUACUUUUAGGUGAUGGUUGCUAAUCCUGAUACUAGACUAAAUUCUUCCGUUUGUUUUCCUUGUAAAAGGAGAAAGGACAGACCCUGAAGUGCAAUCUUUUGAGUCCCUCAUGAACUGUUCCCUUCAUCACCCAUGAAGUUGUUGCUUUCCCUACUUAGCUGACCUGCGGACUAGAAUCAGUCUGUAGUUUUUAUAGAUCUUAAUUCAGUGAGAUUAUUAGAACAAUAGGAGGAGGCCAAAAGGGUCUGAGCCAGUAUUUACUCUUCUGGGAACACUAAAAUGUAAUUAAUCUGUUCAUGGUGAUAUUUAUUAGUGUUUAAAAACUGGUGACCAAACUGUGUUUUUUGAAACACAGUUCUGUUAUAAAUGCUUAGAUUUAAGGUGUUUGGAUCUCUGCAAUGCCUCUUUGUGUUAGUGCCAUUAAAGUGUAAAUUUUGUACGUACA